AUGUCUAGUUACUACACUAAUCUCGACUUGGCCAAGCGUGGAAACGAGGCCUUGUCCAUCAACGCUCCAACUGGUGCUGACUUCCACAUCACCACCAAUGGUUCUGACUGGCUUUGGGCUGCUUUCUGUUGUUUUGCAACCUAUGCUCUUGUGAUGCACAUCUUCAUGUUUAAGCAACCACUUAGACAGAGAUACUUCUUCUACACAGCUGUUGUUCCAGCUUGGAUUAUGACAGUUGCUUACUUUACUUGGGCUUCUGAUUUGGGUUGGGCCCCAGUUCGUGCUGAGUUUAACCAUGUUACUGUUGAUGACCAAGAGACUACUCCAGGUUACAGACAGGUCUUUUACUUGAAGUCCAUCAACUGGUUCUUGUGUUUCCCGUUCCACACAUUGACUCUUGGUUUGUUUGCUAACGUCCCACGUCCACAAAUCACCUAUAACAUGUUCUUGACUGGUCUUUUCGUCAUUGCAUUCCUUGCCGGUUCUGUCGUCCACUCCACCUACAAAUGGGGUUACUUCACCGUUGGUGUUGUUGCUAUCUUCUUGACCUUGAUCAACUUGUGGUGCUCAAGAAAGAACGCUCUUACUAUCGGUAAGGACUGUGGCUACAUUUACACCCUCUACCUUGCUUGUUUCGGUUUCAUGUGGUUGAUCUACCCAAUUGCAUGGGCUCUUUCUGAAGGUGGUAACGUCAUCCAACCAGAUUCUGAAGCUGUCUUCUGCGGUGUCUUGGAUAUCAUUACUUUCAUCAUCAUCCCAGAUGCCUCGACAUGGCUUCCCAGAUUAACAGCUCAGCAGGGAAAGCCACAGCACUAA